GCCACGCGUUUUACUUUCAUCGAAGCACUCAAAAAGUAUGGUCUUUGUCUUUUAUUCCACCUGAAUAGUCCAUUCCCACCCACUGUCACAGAUUGUUCUGGUUUUACUCUUACCCUCCAGUUCUCUGUUCUCACAAAGACACAAUUAGCAUUCAUUCAAUUCUCUCUAAUUCAAGAAAUGGCGGAAGGAGCUCUGUCCGGCGUUGCUAAGGGAAUCAUCGGGAUAGCGGGCAACCUAGCACUCUCAGAGGUUGCACUCAUCUGGGGUGUCAAAGACGAGAUCAACAAACUCAAGGAGACAGUUUCCACUAUCAAAGCUGUCCUUAUGGAUGCAGAGGCGAAGCAACACAACAGUGAAGCGAUCAAAGUGUGGCUGCAAAGGCUUAAGGACGCCAUGUUUGAUGCGGAUGACUUACUGGAUGAAAUCUCCACUGAGGCCCUGCAACGGGAAGUGAUGACCCGUGACAAGGCCAAAAAGGUACGCAUCUUAUUUUCCAAACCUAACCAGCCUGCAUAUGGUAUUAGAAUGGGUCAUAAGGUUAAGGAGAUGAGGGAGAGGCUAGUUGCUAUAGCUGCGGACAGGCAGUUUCACUUGGAUGAACGUUCUGAGGAGGAACAAGUCAGGAAUGAGGCAAGACGGCAGUCUCAUUCCUUUGUAAGUGCUGAAAAUGUUAUUGGCAGGGAGGAGGAUAAGAAGGCCAUUAUUGGAUCUCUGUUGGAUCCCAAUGUUAAGGAGAAUGUUUCUGUCCUUCCGAUAGUUGGUAUCGGAGGACUAGGAAAGACCACAGUUGCUCAACUUGUCUUCAAUGAUAAAGAACUCAGAGAUCAUUUUGAGCCAAAAGUGUGGGUGUGUGUCUCUGAGAAUUUUGAUGUGAAGAUAAUUGUUGAGAAAAUCUUGGAAUGUAUAAAAAAUGAGAAACCGAAAGACCUUGAAAUGAACACAUUAGUCAAUAAUCUUCAAAAAGAAAUUAAUGGAAAAAGAUACUUGCUUGUGUUGGAUGAUGUGUGGAAUGAGAAUCGAGAGAAAUGGCUUAGCUUGAAAGAUAUUUUGAUGGGUGGCGCAAGAGGCAGUGGAAUAUUAUUGACUACACGCAUUAAGAAAGUGGCAGAGAUUACAAAAUCUAUGCAAUCGCACUUGUUAAGGGGUUUAGAUGAUCAACAGUCUUGGUCUUUAUUGAAGAAGAUGGCGUUUAAAGAGGGGGAAGAAUUGAAGAAUGCAAGUUUUGAAAAAAUUGGGAAUGAGAUUCUAAAGAAGUGUGGAGGGAUUCCGCUUGCUAUAAGAGCAAUAGGAGGUCUGUUGUAUUUAAGAAAAUCUGUAAGAGAGUGGCAAUUAUUCAAAGACAAUGAACUUUUGAAUAUAUCUGAGGAAGACAAUGAUAUUUUACCAACAUUAAAGUUGAGUUACGAUCAUCUCCCAUCACAUUUGAAGCAAUGUUUUGCUUUUUGUAGUAUAUUUCCAAAGGAUUAUAAGAUUGAAAAGGCGAGUUUAAUUUAUAUGUGGAUGGCGCAAGGAUUCAUCAAAUUGUAUAACGAAAAGAAAUGUCCACAAGAUGUUGGGAAUGAGUAUUUUAUGGAUUUGCUUUGGAGAUCGUUCUUUCAAGAAGUUGAAAAGGAUGAACUUGGCAAUAUUUUACAAUUCAAAAUACAUGAUUUCAUGCAUGAUUUAGCAAUAAAAGUAAUGGGAUCAGAGAGCACUACCAUUUAUUCAAAAGAGACAGACAUUGAUGAGAAAACUCAUCAUGUGUCAUUUGGGCAUAUAUUAUCCUCAUCUUUGAACAUUCCGACCUCAUUAUAUAGAGCAAGAAGGAUAAAGACAUUUCUUUUGCCAUGUCAACCAACGUAUUAUUGCAUGAGAUUGGAUAGUUCAACUUAUAGUGCAAUUGUGGCAAGUUUUAAGUUCAUACGCUUGUUGGAUUUGCAUUACAUGGGGAUUAAAACAAUUCCAAGUUCUAUCAAAAAAUUGAAGCAUCUAAGAUAUCUUGAUCUUUCUGGAAAUGGAGACAUUAAGAUGCUUCCUAAUUCUAUUGUGAAGUUGUACAAUUUGCAAACACUUAAACUCUCUAGGUGUUAUAAACUUAAAGAAUUGCCAAGAGAUAUUAACAAAUUAGUCAACCUCAAGUUGCUUGAGAUUGAUGGGUGUCAGAGGUUGACUCAUAUGCCAAAUGGACUAGGCCAAUUGACUAAUCUACAAACAUUGUCAAGAUUUGUGAUGAGCAAGGGCAGGAUUGAUUUAGUGCCUAGGAGUUACGGUGAAUUGAAGGAACUUAACAGGCUAAAUGAGUUAAGAGGAAAUCUGUCAAUUGAAAAUCUCAAACGAGUAAAAGAUGCCCGUUUAGAGUAUAAGGAUGCAAAUUUGAAAGAGAAACAGUGCCUUGAUAGGUUAGACUUAAAGUGGGUAGAAGAAGACAUUAAUGAGAAUGGUGCUGCUGGUUAUGAUGACAUGUCAUUGGAAGCCUUGCAACCACAUAUAAAUCUCAAAGCAUUGAGUUUAUGGGGGUAUGGGGGAGUGAGAUUUCCACAUUGGUUUCUGUCCCUCACAAAUCUUGUCCAAUUUAAAUUAGAGUCAUGUAAAAAAUGCAAAUAUCUUCCACCGUUGGACCAAUUGCCUUCUCUCAAAAUUAUUAAUUUGGAGGGAUUGGAUUGUUUAGAGCACAUAUCAGAUUCAGAGAGAAAUAACAGUGAUUCUUUAUUCUACCCAUCUUUGGAGACACUUGAAAUUGAUAAAUGCCCUAAUUUAAAGGGAUGGUGGCGGGGAAGGAGGGAUUCUCUUCCUUCAUUUCCUCUUCUUUCCUACUUAAGAAUUAGGGAUUGCCCUCAGCUGACUUCCUUUCCUUUGUUUCCAUAUCUCGAAAGAUUGAGCCUAAUUAAUUGUAAGUGUAGCUUGAAGCAGUCAUGGGAGAGGAUGAUGAUAAACAACAAGACUUCUUCAGGGAAUCUACCAUCAAUUGCUUCUUCUUCUUCUUCUUCUACAAUUGUCGCCCCUCUCUCCAAAUUAAGUAAAGUGUAUAUAGAGAACACGGAAGAAGCUUUGCCAGAGGAGUGCCUACCAAAUCUCAUUUCUCUCCGUGCUCUACAUCUACAAAAAUGUCCUCUUCCUCAAGGCAUUCGAUAUCUUACAGCACUUCAAAAUCUGAAUGUUUGGAACUGUGAGGUGGUUGAUUUAUCCAAUGAUUGGGAUGAGAUGGAAUGGCAAGGACUUAGGACCCUUCUCUCUUUGGAAUUCUAUAAACUUCCGAAGUUGGUCUCUCUCCCAACGGGGCUUCAAUAUGUCAGCUCUCUACAAAAACUCGAUAUUUCGGAUUUUCCUAGUUUGAUAGCUAUACCGGAGUGGAUCUGCAAACUUAUAUCUCUUCAAUCACUUGAAAUUUGGGAUUGCCCUAAAUUGGAGUCAUUGCCAGAAGGAAUCGGUGCCCUUACCUCUUUGCAAACACUACGAAUUUGGGAUUGCCCUAAUUUGGAAUCAUUGCCAGAAGGAAUCAGUGCCCUUACCUCUUUGCAAACACUAGACAUUAGAGCAUGUCCCAAUUUGGAAGGAGAUCUGUCUCGGCAAGAAGAAGAGCCAGAUGAAGAAGAACCAAAUGAAGAAGCAAAGAAACCUGCUCAUAAGAAUUGGAACUUAAUUAAAGCUUUUGGAUGCUGCAAUUGUUCAACAACUCAACAACUCACUCACUGAUUCAAAAUUGGCACAAGCUAAUAUUAGUAGGAGAAUUGAAUAAAGGCAAAGCUGCAUUCGGCACUGGAAUCUGGUAACCAAGCCAUAGGAAUCAGCUCAUUGUACAGGCUUUUAUCAUGUACAUUUGCAUGGCCAGCUUUUUACAACUAAGUGGCUUUCUCAUGUGAAUUAUCUUUGGAGGACUAGAAGUGAAGAGUGAAUAUUAGGACCCCAUGUAUAAGUGAUGUACUGCUUUUAAUCUCAAAGUACAUUGAGAUACAGUGAUGAUUGCUUUCAUGAAGUGUGCAAAUAGCCUCAAGACUCCUAUGAAAGGAGGAUAUAGGUCAAGAGUGCACUAUGAUGCUCACAUCCCAUCCCAGAGAUUGGAAUUUCUUUUGGAAGGAUUUAACUCCAGUGUUUCUCCAGGUUUCUCAGUAAAGAUGUUGAUGAGUUUAUCAUUUAUUGGAUUCUAUAUGCAAAAGCCUGGGGAGAAUUGAAUACUAAAGCAGGCAAGA